AUGGAUAUAUUUAGGCAGACUUUUGGAAAUAGUAAUGAAUCCUUUAUCCGAAUUCCAGGAGCUUUUAGAGAAGAACCACCUGCGGAUGUGAACGGGACAGCAGAAAAUGAAAACGACAAUACAAUUGAAACGACACAGGGUAGCAGUGGGGGCUCCAAAUCUAUUCUUCACUUUUUAUUUCAAACCCCCUUAAUAGUUCUUUAUUACGUAUUGAAUUUCAUCAUCCGGAGCUCACGCCUUCUUAAGCCGUUAAUAAGAUUCCACGGAUUCUAUCAGAGGAAGCAUAAUCGCUUACUUGACCAUAGUUCUCAACUAAACCGUCUGUUGGAAAGUCUAGAAAACGAGUCCCAGGCCGUAACAUGUUCUGAAGCUAACGGUAACACUGAAGAUGGCAACAAUAGCGAAAAUACGAGCAAUAAUCAUAACAAUGAAAUCCAAUUCAACUUUGGCUCCUUGUACAAUCCUGAAAAUGGAAUGUUUUCCAAAGGUGUUAUGCAGAAUAGUUACACUGAAUUGCUGGAUGCUUGCAGUGAACAGGUAAAAUUUGGGGUCAUUUACUUGCAUGAUCCGCUUUUAGAUAAUCAUAUGGAUUACGUCAACAAAAUUCUGUGCUCAGAAGCUUUUGUCAAUAUAAUAAGAAAAUACCAAGUGUUACUUUGGUAUGGCGAUGUUACCACCUCAGAAGGGUUGCAAGUUUCCAACGCUUUGAAAAUUAGACAAUAUCCUCUACUUGGAAUAAUUUCUCUUAAAACAGAGAAGAAAAUCGAAUUAAUCGCAAGAGUUGAAGGCUCUAUUUCUAACUAUAUGCCUUUAGACUUAGAGACCAUUUUCUCCAAGAAUUAUUCUAGAUUGAUUCAGUUGCGCCAGCAAAGGCAGAAUAUCGAAAUGCAGAGAUUGAUAAGACAACAACAGGAUUCCAGAUACCAGGACUCCUUGAGACGUGAUCAAGAAAGGGAGUCAGAAAGAUCAGAACAGAUCCAAAGGGAGCAAGGGGCACGAGAACAAAAAAGAUUAGAAAAGCAGUGGUUGCUGUGGAGAAAAAGACAGCUGAAACCUGAACCUUCAUUAGGAAAAGAUGCGAGCAAAAUUGCCAUUAGAUUAGAAGAUGGUCAGAGACUAGUGAGAAAGUUUGAUGCCUCUUUACCAGCAGAGGAAAUAUAUGCAUUUGUUGAAUUACAAUUACACGGCUUAUUAGAUAUUGAAGAGCAGGCUCUACCUGUCGAACGACCUGCUAAUUACCAGCACCAAUAUGGCUUUAAAUUGAUCACACCAGUACCGAGAAGGGAGCUCGAUUUAUCUGCUACAAUAUCUGACGUCAGCGGUAUAUAUCCAUCGGGGAAUAUUGUCAUGGAACGUCUUAAUGAAUGA